AUAAGUACAUGAUGCAUGCUUAUACAGCUCAGGCUGACAAGGGAACAAGACACAAGAACAAGAACAAGAAUGGAGGAACUCCCUCUAGGUUACCGCUUCUACCCAACAGAAGAAGAGCUGAUCUCCUUCUACCUGCAUAAUAAGCUGGGAGGGGGGAGGCAAGAAAGUCUACAACGUGUUAUUCCAGACAUCAGCAUUUACGACAUCGAACCAUGGGAACUUCCAAAGCUUUCAGGAGAACUAUGUCAGGGAGACACCGAGCAGUGGUUCUUCUUUACACCCAGGCAAGAGAGAGAAGCUAGGGGAGGGAGACCUAACCGGACUACAGCAUCCGGGUACUGGAAGGCCACAGGCUCUCCUGGUUAUGUUUACUCGUCGGACAAUCGUGUGAUUGGAUUGAAGAAAACCAUGGUGUUCUAUACGGGAAAAGCUCCAAGAGGAAGAAAAACCAAAUGGAAGAUGAAUGAGUACAGAGCCAUUGAAGUUCAUGAAUCUUCUAGUAAUGCUACUCCAAAGUUGAGGCAUGAAUUCAGCUUGUGUCGAGUCUAUGUGGUAUCAGGAAGCUUUCGUGCAUUUGAUAGGCGGCCACUAGAAGCUGUGACAAGAGAGACGCAGCUUCUUGGAGAUGCAGCUACAGCAUCUGCUCAGGGCCCUGAUCCAACUGUGGAUAUGACAAGCUCACCUGAAACGUCAUGCUCAGUGGAAGAUCAUGUUGAUCACCCAGGGACUGCAGCAAGUGCCAACUGGGGCUCAGUAGAUGGUCUAGAACCACCUGCAUGGGAAUGGCCAGGACAACUGGAUUGGCCCUGAGAAAAAGCAAACGUAGAUUUGUAGCCCAGUCCCACAAGACUAGGUAGUUGUCCUAAGAUAGAAUAUGCAUGCAUGGCCUUACCUUACCUUCAAAUGUAGUAAAUUCUUUUUUCUUCAUGUAGCAUGAGGAGAGAUAAAAAAUAAAUAAGAAAAGGGAAAAUAUUCAGGAUAUGUGAAAUAGGAGACUUUGUAUUCAGUAUGAAAACUAAGUUAGGCAUAUUAACCAAGAGAAUUACCAAGUGUAGGAGAAGAUGUCAUUCACAGGCUCUAAUCAGUAACCUGUUUCAGAUUCAAAUUAGAAUGAAAGCGUCAUCAUCAGUUUGAAGA